CCGACUUAAACUUUGUUGACGCCGAAGUGUGAAGAAAAUUGGAACUCGAGUCGCAUGGCUUUCUCACCACCAUUACAACCACCCCUUUCAAUUCCUCUCUCUCUCUCUUCUUCUUCUCCUUGGGAAGGACACCCAGCUAAUCACCCAUCAUGCCCUCCGCCUGGACCGACGACGCGACAAGCCCACAAUCCGACUCAUCGCGAGCGGCCGACUUCCUCACCACGGAAAUCUACAACAUCGGUGCGCAACCCGGGAUCCGCUCUCUGCCCCCGAGCCCCGAACGCGAUUUCCUGGCCUUAACCUGGGGUCCGGUCGUCUACCGAACGAGCUACAGCGCCCUCUCCGAGCGGAUGCUACCGCUGUUCCUCCGUGCCCUGUCCACCGAAGUCCAGGCGGCCAUCCCCCGCUGUCUGCCCGGCGCACCCAAGCAACUCCAAUUGCUUGAAACGAGCUAUGCCUGCAAGGUCUUCAGUGAUGAGACGCUGUAUUCCGGAGCCGACAUCAAUGCCAUCCGACGCGCGUUCCACGACUGGAAGCGCGCAGACCUGGCUCUGCCCAUGAUGGAGCUGCCGGCUCGGCUGCGGGUGUGUAUGGUUUUGGACGAAGGGGUGUUUCGGGCGCUGGAAGAGAUGAGGGAGGCGCGAGAGAGGGAGGGCCCGGUAGGUGACGAGGAGGUGAAGGGGGCAGAGACAGAGUCGUAUGCCAGCUGUCCGGUGGUUAUGGUGGAGGAGAACUUCCCGGAUCGGAUGAGGCGGGACUCUAACCCGGCGCAUGGCGAGUAUCCUGGAUGGACGACGGUGGCGCUGUCGACGGUGGUGGAGGUGCUGGAUGGCUCAAGGGUAAGGGUUGUCUCGCCAGACUGUAAUUCCAAUGAUCAACUGACGAUAUUCCGUUCCUUCACUCGUCCAUGGCCCGGCACGCACGUUCUACUGCCAGGUCUAUCACGACAAGUCAGGUUACCCUUCAUUCCAAAGCAUAUCCUUAUCCACAGCCUCGCCUUUGUAGAACAUAGCCUUUUCAUCGCUUGGGAUCUCUUGAUCCGGAGGAAACUGCUCAUGCCACGCUAUAGCGGCCUCAAUGUUGACCUUCGGCAAACCCUCGACAUAGAUGCAGUGAAGCAACAACGCUUCCAACUCCUGAAUCCGCUCGGCGCGUGUCAGGGGCCACUUGCGGCGAAGCGCAGACACCCUUGCAGUGUGGACGGCCGUGACGGGAUCUAUACCUGGGUAUUUGAUCUGCGCUUCGUUAAGUUCCUAUUGUGGGUUUCUCUCGUUAGUCGGGAGCUGGCAGACUUGAGUGGUAGGGCUACCUCAUCAUCGGGGACUGGGUCCGAAACUUCUGAUCUAGGUCCUUUCUUGGUGUUCUUGGUAUUCUCCAUUCUGGGGUCUGAGUUGGAAGGCAUGGGGUUCGGGGUAUGGGUGGGUGGAUUGAGGGAUGAAGCUAUCAGGGAGGGAAUCAAAGAAAUGUGUCAUGGAGAGACAUCAAACGGAACACAAGAUGAUGGGAGAAUGAAGGGACAGAGUCACGAGACUGAGGCUCUGUGUGAAGUUAUCAAGCUUAAGCGAGGCUGUAAAGUGCAACUUUUGCUGAGCAAACAGCUGGGGAUGGACAGUUCGAUUGUGAUGAUGUCCAACAAGCUCAAUCCACAGAUGAAGCGCUCUGAUAUAGUUCUUAUCGAGAUCUCUCAGUGCCCGCCCAUUGGUCAUAUCGAGAGCAGUCACGUGGCGAUAAGACACAUCCCCACCCAUGGCUUUAAAUCAGAAGAAAAGUACUUCAUGGACCGGUUUGUGUCCAGAAAAAGGGCCCGGAGCCCGCCGGUUCACGCCUGCUUGGAAGAAGACUGUACCGAUAUGAAGCUCGCACGCCUGGCGUCACUCUUCCCGGACAUGGCUCUAGAUGCAUUAAUGGAGAUUCUACUUUCCAGUGGCGGCAGUGUCGAGACAGCUUCCACCACAAUCAAAGCCCAAGCCUCUCUAUAUCGCAUCAAAAAGCGAGCCGUGGCCGGUGCCCCCGCCAUUCAAACGUCCCUCAGUGCCCAUAUGCGAACCUCCAACCCAGACGGCAACAGUAACAACAAGAAGCGAAGACCACUAACAAGAAAAGGUAAGACGCUGCACCUCUACAGCCCCAAGGACAUCGCCGCGCACACGCCGUGCACGAUCAUCCACAACUUCCUGCCCGCGGAGCAAGCCAACGCGCUUCUGCUCGAGCUCCUCGACGAAUCCAAGCACUUCUCGCGCUACAAGUUCCAGCUCUUCGACCGCACCGUGCAGAGCCCCCACUCGGCCAGCAUCUACGUCUCGACCCCGGAGCAACACCGCCAGCACACCUCCGAGUACACCUACGGUGGAACCUACCGAUCCACCGUCCGCCAGAUCACCCCGCACCUCCGCGCGGUAUCAGGUAAAGUCCAACACGCGGUCAACGCCGAGAUCCAACACCGCAUCCGCACCGCCUACCCGGGAGGCCGCAAGCUGAAGUACCAGUCGCCGAGGGAGUGGCAGCCCAACGCGGCGUUCGUGAACUGCUACGACGGGCCCACGGAAGCCGUCGGUUACCACUCGGACGAACUGACCUAUCUCGGCCCGCGGGCUGUGAUCGGGAGCCUGAGUCUAGGCGUCGAGCGGGAGUUUCGCGUCCGGAGGAUCGUGCCAAGUGACGACGGCAGCGGCGAUAGCGACACCGAUGAUGCUGCUGCCGCCGCUGUUUUUGAGGCGACAUCAACAUCGGAAGAUACUUCCGAGAAUCUACCACUAGCGGAUAAGACAUCCACCACCAGUCCCACCUCCAAACCCACAAUCCCUCGAACAUCAUCAUCAUCAUCAUCAUCACCACCACCACCGUCCAAAGCAGACGCCCAGGGCCAAAUCUCCAUCCACCUCCCGCACAACUCACUGCUAGUCAUGCACGCCGAGAUGCAGGAGGAGUGGAAGCACGCCAUCGCGCCCGCGCAGACCAUCUCCCCGCACCCGCUGGCCGGCAAUCGCCGCAUCAACGUCACAUACCGCUGGUACCGCGACUCGCUGCACCCCCGCCACACGCCGCGGUGUCACUGCGGCACCCAUACCAUCCUGCGGUGUGUGCAGCGUAAACGUGGGACCCGGGGCCGGUAUAUGUGGAUGUGCUAUGCCGGGUAUGCGCCGGGGAAGAAGGGGUGUAGCUUUUUUCAGUGGGCGGAGUUCGAUGAUGAUGGGGAGCCGCUCUGGGAGAGGAAGUCGGUGCACGAUGAUGAUGCGCCGUGGUUGGAGAAUUUCGUAGAGGGGCGGGGGCGGGUUCAAAGAGAGGAUAUAGUUGAGAAACCAGGAUUAAUGCAAAGGAAUGUAUUGCAAAUGAGCCAUGUUCAUGAGGGUCCCAGAUCAGCCACACUUCACGCCUAA